AUGGUGUAUCCCGCCAACAGAGAGGUGAGGAGGACUCACCCUCCACCACUCUCCCUGUCAAUCCCCCCCCCCCAACCCCGCUGACCCUGGCUCCUCGCCUGUUCCUCCUCUGACCGGUAGAGGUCGCAGCCUAGCAGUCCCUGUGUGGACGGGAACGCAUGGAUGGAUCUGAGCGCUCCCACAUGACAAAGCUACAGCGCGUCUGGAAACCAGGAACGGAGCAGAGCUGUUUGCGGGAGAAACCGUCGACAAGAUCAAAUCCGCAUCUUUUACCCCGCAACGCUGGCUGACAAACUACUAGAGAGGCCGCUGCGCGUUGUUAUUUUGUGAGCUUACAGAGGCGGCCAGCUCCCCUCUCCUCCCUUCUUUCUCUAAGUGAACUUUAUAGGGAUGUUAUAUCAGAGCAUCACCGCGCCGAGCGUCCACAUAGUGUUCAAGAAAAGUGUAGGACGGAUGUGAAGCGUGAACGACUGGAGAGACUCGCUCCUCUUCUUCUGCUACUUUUUGUUCGGUUUAAUACACAAGAGAAAAAGAUACGGAUAGACAGAGAGUGUGCAGGAGCGAGGAGAGAGAGAGAGAGAGAGAGAGAGCGAGAGAGAGAGAGAGAAGUCGCACAGGUUUUUUGGAGCUACGCUUUCAUGCCGUCAGUCUUGCGGACUGUGAGAUGGACGUCAGAUUUUAUCCAGCUCCCCCUUCAAGCGUGGGUUCAUGUACGUUACCGACUGACUCCGGUUUGGACUAUUACCACUCCAACAAGAGCAGAUACGCUGCUGCAGAUCGAGGUGUGAGGCUCUACAGUUCCCUGCCCAUGCGCCCAAACCCUGACGGCAAGAGACUGCCCUCUACUGGGUUUGAUGGUGACAACAUGUACAUGAAUGAAAACAACCAUGAGUUCCUCCCACCAAACCAGAACUACGCAGGUCAGACUGGUGGUGGUGGGGGAGGAGGCGGCGGCGGCGGCAACGCCAGUGGCAAUGGAGCCGGGGACGAAGACUACGAGAUCCCCCCCAUCACUCCACCCAACCACCCCGAGCCUCCUCUUCUUCACCUGAUGGAGCACGACUCUACAGGCUACCUCUGCCACUCGCUGCCACACAAUGGGCUCAUCAACCCGUAUUCCUACCCAGAGCUGCCCACACUCAUGAUGUCUAACAUGCUGGCACAGGACAGCCACCUCGUCUCCAGCCAAAUGCCCUCGAUGCAGGAGAUGGCUUUGCACCACCAGCAACAGCAACACCAUCACCAGCACCCAGACGGCGCUCAUUAUGACCCCGCCCGUAACCACCCCAUGAUAAACAGCUCACCUCCGAUACUGCCCAACCCCAUGAGCGCACUGUCCCAGCUAAACUCUCAGGUCAGCCGGAGCGCUCUGCCUCAUGGCUCCCCCUCUCCUCCCGGAAGUAAAUCAGCCACACCCUCCCCCUCGAGCUCCAAUCAGGAAGAGGAGACUGAUCCUCAUUCGAAGAUCACAGGCGAGAAGCGGCCGUCUUCAGAGAUGAUGAAGCCCAAACCCAAACCCCAAAAAAAGAAGAAGAAGAAGGAUCCAAAUGAGCCCACGAAGCCCGUGUCAGCCUACGCCUUGUUCUUCAGAGACACCCAGGCAGCCAUUAAGGGACAGAAUCCCAACGCCACCUUUGGCGACGUUUCCAAGAUAGUAGCCUCCAUGUGGGACGGACUGGGAGAGGAGCAGAAACAGAGCUACAAGAGGAAAACAGAGGCUGCUAAGAAGGAGUACCUGAAAGCCCUGGCCGCCUACAGAGCCAGCCUGGUUUCCAAGACGUAUAAUGAUCCAGUGGAGACAAAAAGUGCCCAAACCAGCCAGGCGUCUCCACAUAUGAUGCCAGCCAACCCGCCCCUGUACAGCGUGCCACCUCCUCCCCAGCCGUCGUCGCCCUACCUGGGGCCCGGGGCCUUCCCUCUCACCGACCUGCAGAGCUACGCAGGACACGCCCCCCGCCACACCCUGUCGCAGACGCUCAGCCAAUCGCAGAUGCUGCCCAGCAUUAGUGCCUCUCCCCCUUCCUCCUUCCAGAUCAGCCCACCCCUUCACCCCCACCAGCAGCUCUCCCUGCACCAGAGCUCGCUCCUCAACCAGCCUAUCCGCAUGCAGCAGGUCCAGUCCCAGCCAAUCAUCCCUCACCAGAUGGGUCUGCAGGCCUCUCUUCACUCCCCUCCUCCUGGUCAGCAGGGUUUUUCCCACCUCCAGUCAGAGUAUCAGAAGAGCAUUGGGGGUUCCCAGUCUCCAGGAGCCCCUGGCCCUGGUCCAGGCCCUGGAGUGGCUCAGAGCCAUGACUGGGACAGUGAAUACUGCAAUCGGGAGUGUGGCAACCACUGCAGUGGCAGCAUGAUAGGCAGGGACAAGCCACUCUACCUCACCUGAAACUGAAGAUCAUACUCUGUCGACAAAUACGACACCGAGGAGUCUACUCUCACCCCCUCCCCCUCCCAUCACCCUCACCCUCACCCCACCCCUCCCCACAACCCUCUUCUGACGCACGCACAUGCAUACAUACAGUGCACACCUAACAUACAACAGCAUACAAACACACACUCACACACACACACAUACAUUCUGCCUCCCAGACACCACCACCUUUUUUUGUCAGUGUAAUUAUUAUUUCUCUCAGUUUCUAGAAGAAUUUGUGACCAGAGUUUUUGACUAGAUGACUACUGUCUGUACCACUUAAUGUAUUAGCAGUCCUCUUGCUGUUUAAAAUUUUGCCAAGCACUUAUAACCCCCCCUCCCCUCCCCUCCCUCUCCUCCCCUCCCUCCUCCUGCCCCCCCAGCACCCCCCUCCUCCCCCCUCCUCCCCCCUCCCUCCCUCGUCUCUCCGAGUUGUGUUUUCUGUGCCCUCACCGACGCAGGCUGGGCCGCUGAGCACUCCUCUUCUAUGUCACCAUCAGAGUCCCCUCAGGGACCCCAUCCAGCUUUAAUUAGAAUGAGAAGAAAAAAAUACUCUUCCUCUUCUUUAAUCAUUUUCAUUUUUCUUUUGUGUUUUUUUCUUUAUAUUGUUGUUGUUGUUGCUGUUUUAUUUAUUUCUGGCUUGCAAAAUCGUUCCUCUUUUUAUUUUUAUUUUUUAUUUUGCCAAUAAGCGUUGGGCCCUGUACUGUAGAGAAAUAUUAACUUCUAGUAGGUUCAGCACAGGCCUUGAUGUUAUGGUAGCUUUGCUUAAGGGCCUGCAAACUAAAUACAAAAAGCUUGGGUGGGGAAGAGAAACAAAACAAAAAGAAUCUUUUUUUAAUAUUAAAGACCUGUUUAGGUCUACUGAGCUGUCACAGUGUGAUUGUAAAUAUCACUUUUAUGGGAUCGAAUUGGGAAUUGGAAGUCUAGAUAGAUUUGUUUCUUCUUUAAUAUUACAUGUAAGUCAUCGUGUGUGUGUGUGUGUGUGUGUGUGUGUGUGUCUGGACGUUAGAAUGUACCCCAUUCAUAACGUGUGCAGUUGAGUGUGUAUGUGUGUUUGUGUGCGGACACACACUUGCGUGCAGGAGUGUUCCAGUGCCGGAGUGUCGAGUCUUUCUCGUGAAUUUUAACAGCCCUGUGCAGCUGGAUUUCAGAGGAGUAUUUCACACUCUCGUUCUUGCAUUAAAUCUGUGCUCACUGGUGUGUUUUUUCCAAUAAAGUUCAAUCUAAAACUGAAUACACAAUAUGUGUCCUGCAGAUCAUUAAAUGGAAAGAGCCAGGUGAGAGAUAGAGAGGAAGGAGAUAGAAAGAGAGAAAGGGAUGCUGGGAGAUAAAAUGAGAUAUAAUGUUGCAGAAGAUAUUGCCUCAAAAUGCACCCUCCCUUCCCCUCCUCCUCACCCAUCCCCACCCAACCCCCCACCUCCGACCCUCCCUCCCUGUUCUUAUUUUGUCUGACCAUAAUGUCAAUUUUGUCUCCUCGAUCAUGCAGAAGUGAAGUAAUGAAACAUGUGAAUGGAGCCAUCACAUCCACAUUACAGUGAUUUUUAUAAGUUUCUAGUCGGUGUUUGGUUGUGUUGAUCUCAUCUUUUUAACUUUUCGUGUGAUUAACAGAAAUGCAUUUUGCUGACAAAGACAUCUGUUUUUAUCUCUUUACUGUAGCAUAACUUCAGUUUUAGUUGUUACAGAACUAUAACAUUUUAAGUUGUGUAAAAAAACAAACAAAAAAAACCCUGCCAACUGUAGUUAUUUUAUUUGUAAAGCCAGUAAUGAUAAAUAUUUUAAAUGGUUAUCAAUAUAUUGUUUUUGCUAGUUGCCCAUCAGCCAUUUGACAGGUUUUCUUAUUUAUGAAAGAAAUUAGAUCACUUUUGCUUCUUACAAUGGAGGUGUAUUUUUAUUCUUAUUUUAUUGUUUUUUUUUUUCUUCCUUUGGUUUGAUAAAAAUGACCACAGCGAUGAUUAUCUCUUUAUUUUUUACAUUUUGGGUGCUGCUCCUUUCUUUCCUUGCCAGCAGCAUCUGUUUGUGUCACAAUGCUUCUUUUAUUUCAAACCUGCAUAAUAAAAAAAAGUUUAAAAGUGGAGAAA